AUGGAUUUUGAUUUACGUGCAUUGAAAGAAGCUUUAAAGUCAGCCGAAUUUCUGGAAGAAUCCGGUUAUCAAUCCAUUUUAGAACGUUCACAGCAUAAUCAAUACGGUACCGGAUGGAUUAUUCAUCAAGAUAUGUGCGAAGUAAACAGUGAUAUUGAUGAUAAUUGGGGUAAGUAA